AUGGCCACAACAUAUGACUCCACAAACAAGCUUGAGCGAUUUGCUCGAUGUUCCCAGGGUGGAACGCUCAACACACGCAGAGGAUCCUGUAGCAUGGCGCUCCGCUGCAACCUGACACGAUCUUUGCUUGGUGGAAAGCUCAACUCUCAGAGAAGAUCUCAUAGCCAAACACGCUCUUCGCUUGGAUUGAAAAUUUUGCACGUCAGAGGAAAGUUUAAUUUUCAAGUGCUCAUCAAUCUCAUUGAGAAUUUGCUGCAGGCUCCUGUGCAAUUGAGAGAGUUAGUUAUUAACAAUUGCUCAAGAUUCCAAGGAUUUCCAAAGUCAAUAGCACGUCUCAGGCAUUUGAAAAAGAUAGUCAUGUAUUUUAACAACAAAAUGAGGAGUCUGCCGGAAGAAUUUUGUCUUCUUCAAUCGUUGGAGCACCUGGAAUUAACUGCUUGCUUGAGGUUGUCACUACUGCCCAGCAGUUUUGGUGAUUUGAGAAAAUUGGGGCACCUUGAUUUGUCCCGUUGUGAAAAUUUAUCACCAUUACUCAGUAGUUUUGGUGAUUUGAGAAAUCUGGGGCAACUUGAUUUGAAGUAUUGUAAAAAUCUAUCAUCACUACCCAGCAGUUUUGGUAAUCUGAAAAAUUUGGUGCACCUUGAUUUGUCCAGGUGUGGAAAUCUAUCGUCACUACCCAGUAGUUUUAGAAAUUUGAAAAAUCUGGUGCACCUCGACCUGUCUGCGUGUGAAAAUCUAGCGUCACUACCCACUAGUUUUGGUAAUUUGAAGAAUCUGGGGCACCUUGAUUUGUCCCACUGUAAAAAUCUAUCAGAACUACCCAGCCGUUUUGGUGAUAUUAGAAAUCACAGUCACCUUAACUUGUCCGGUUGCAAUGAAUUGAAGAAGUUACCAGUGUCCUUCAAAGAGCUUAGACUCCUGCAACACCUCGACUUAAAUUAUUGUUCAAGCCUGACCUUAGAGCCGGACAUUAUGGAGAACAUGAUGAAGCUAGAGUAUUUGAAUCUCCGUCAUUGCUUGCUAUUGGAAGAGUUGCCUCGUCAUAUCACAAAUCAGACUUCCUUGAAACAGCUCUGUUUAGAUGAGACGGAGAGGUUAAGGGAGAUACCAGUCAACAUCGGUCAACUGAGCAAGUUACAAGCGUUGUCUAUCUCUAGUAAGUUGUUGACAAGCCUGCCGACAUCUAUGGGAGAUUUGUCUUCCUUGAUUUGUCUUGUAAUUUGUAGUUGUCCCAAGCUGGAAUGUUUACCUGACUCUCUCGGGUGCCUUAAUCUCUUAAAGUAUUUAACUAUACAGAAUUCAGGAGUGAAAUUCUUACCAAAAUCAGUUAGGCAAUUAAGUAAUCUUCAAACAUUGAAGAUAUGGUGUCCAAUUGGCGAAUUGGAUCUCGGGGCAGGGUUGUUUACUUGUUUGAAGAGGAUAGAGCUAUUGUUCACUGAAGUGUCCAAGAUCUCCAUCUCUGAAGACUGCUGUCCCGGCCUCAAGACUUUAUCACUUAAUUGGAAUGACAAUUUAAAGAAGAUCGAAGUUCUACCAAAUACACUAGAGAGCAUAGUUUUGAUAGGGAACACCGAGUUGGAUGAGCUUCCCAGUUUUGCGCAAUCAUCUUUUCUCCGAGACUUUGAACUCAGACGCUGCUACGCAGUCAAAAAAAUACAAGGUUUGGAACAUUGCAGAGCGUUGGAGGAGCUGAGAACAGAUACGAGGUGGGAGGAGAUGGGCAUAGAAACUUUGGAGCGCAUGGAAAGAUUGAGAAAAGUGCAACUCAAGGAUUCGCAGAAAUGUCCAAAAGAACAAGUAAUAGUAUGCACGCAGGCGGUCCCUGAUGCGGCUACACGUCUAAACUCUUUUGACUUUUCGAAUCUCUUUGUCGUUGACUCAUUUGCUAACCGGAAAAUGAACUCCAUCACUUCCCUCAAAUGGCCCUCCACUGCUCGUUGCACUCUGCUAUGUUUUGUUGUAAAUCGGGAGCUUUCCCAGACUUCUGAGAGGAUAACCCUUACGAUACCAUUUUCAAGCGAAUCUCCUUAUCGUCUAAAUACAAAUGGUACGGAGUGGGCGAAUGGUAACUGUUAUUGUUCUCCAAAUGAAUAUGAUACGGAGUUGGAGGCGGGUAAAUGGGUAAUGAUGGCUGUCUUACAAUGUCCCUCUCCCAGUAGGAUGAAUAGAGAUGGUAAAAUACGCUUGAGUACAGAAGAUCCAUUCCCAAUCAAAGUGAAGAAAGGAUUGCUUGUGACGGGAGAGGAGGAGAGGCUCGUGGAGGCAUUCAUCCGUUUAUGGGAGUGGCUAUCAUAUUAA